AACAUUUCUCUCCUCAAGCUCAACAGACGUUUAAACUUUUUCUCACUGUGAAUGGCUGAGAGAGCUUUCGACUUUGCAGCAUGCGAACCCGUUCCAGGGACGCCCGGGAUCCGGGAAGUCAGACCCGACUCUGGAGCUGACAGUUUCGUCUUUGCUUCCGAAGUGGGUGCUGCUGGAACGAUAAGGAAAGUGGGUUUAAGAGCUGAGAUUGACACUUCGCUGCCGUUCGGCUCCGUUAGAGAGGCUGUCACCCGGUUCGGUGGUAGCGAGUCCUGGCCACCGCUUUAUAAGCUCGGAGAAGCAUUUCAAGGUGUGGAGGAAUUUGAUAUAAAGAAAGUGGAGGAGCAAGCGGCAGAGUUGGAGAAGGAUCUGAUUGUGAAAGAAUUGGAGACUCUUGAUGUCCUGGAAGAACUUGGAACAACAAAGAAGAUUGUUGAAGAGUUGAAGCUGCAGCUACAGAAAGAAGCAAUGAAAUGUCUGGUGACCCCGGAUGAACAAUUUUCCCCUCCGGCUAUUAAGGAAAUUAGUAAAGAACAUUGCAGAAAUUCAAGCCCUUGUCCUGUUUCUUCUCCUGAUUUAAUCUUGAUGGAGUUGAAGCAAGCGAAAUUAAACCUUGGUAGAACAAUAACUGAUCUCGGGAUGAUUCAAAAUUCUGUUGAAUCUCUCAAUAAGAGAAUGAAGAAAGAGAAAAUGUUGCUCGAAAAGACUCGGGAGAGGCUUACUUCAAAGUUUUCUGCAGAGGUUAAGAAAACUACCAAUGUUUCAAAGGAGAGUUCUCAAAUGAAUUCACAAGGGGAGCAGUUUAAGAUACUGGCUGAAGUUUCAAGAGCGAUGUCGGCGAAUGAGCAAAGCAAAGCUUGCAUUAAGACAGCUGAAAUGAGGUGGAUUGCCGCUAAAAAGAUGGAGGAAGCCGCUAAGGCUGCAGAAGCACUCGCUUUUGCAGAAAUUAAAGCUCUAUCGGGCGGUGACAACACUUCAGGAUUUUUACUUCCAGAGCCUGAGAAAUUUACUCCACCCUAUGAAGAUCCCCGCCAAUCUCCCCUGCAUAAAAAGAAAGUGUUACAUACCAUGUCGCAGCUUGAUGAAGCUAACAUUUCUAAAUUUUCUAUCCUGAAGAUGAUGGAGGAUGCAGCCGCAGAAGUUAAACACUCUAAACAAGUCUUGGAAGAGGCAUUCAGCCGAGUUGAAAUCGCAAACAGAAAGCAACUCGCAGCCGGGGAGGCACUUCGAAGAUGGGAACCGGAUUAUGACAAGAAGGGAGAAGGAAUAAUGUACAGUCCUCACAGGCUCAAUAUGUUCAGACCAUGUGAGUAUCAACAAGGUUCUUCUCCAUUGAAUGUAGUGAACAAGCCAAACUUUGCAAUUGACGAAGAAAAGCCAGUUCUAAGGCCAACAGUUUCAAUGCGGGACAUACUCAGCAGGAAGCAGCAGGUCCAUCAGGCGGAAGAAUGUGUAGUAAGAAGGCAAACUGAAGGCCAUAACGAGAGACAAAAAGUGGCUUUGAGUCAAAUGCUUCAGGAAUUGCGAGAGGAUCUAACCUUUCCAAAGAAACCUGACAUAAAUGAUUGUGAUGAUCAGCAAAAGCAGUUUUUUGCACAAAGAAGGAAGUUUGGGUUCAUCCAUAUUUCCCUUCCAUUAACAAAGCAAAGUAAGAAAAAAAUGCAGCCUCUAAAUGCUAUAUAAUACACUAUAAUUUUAAAAAAAGUUGUGAUUAAGGGUGAUUUUCUAUAUGAUGUUGUGUGAUCUUGGUCGAUCACAGCUUUAUGGUUUGGUUUGUAUUUUAAUGUAUUGUGUGUAUUUUAGUGGUGAGAGGAAAGAUUGUCUUCUUCCUCAGCUUUUCAGCCACGUUUAAUUAUAUGUUGUGAUUUGGGUGUA